AUGCUAACAGAGGUGCUAACAGAGGUGCUAACAGAGGUGCUAACAGAGAUGCUAACAGAGGUGCUAACAGAGGUGCUAACAGAGGUGCUAACAGAGGUGAAAGAGGAAGUGGGAACCACUCCCCUCACGGGGACGGCAACAUUUAGGGAGAAACCCCAGAGAAACCCCAGAGAAACCCCAGAGAAUCCCCAGAGAAACCCCAGAGAAACCCCAGAGAAACCCCAGAGAAUCCCCAGAGAAUCCCCAGAGAAACCCCAGAGAAACCCCAGAGAAACCCCAGAGAAUCCCCAGAGAAACCCCAGAGAAACCCCAGAGAAACCCCAGAGAAACCCCAGAGAAACCCAGAGAAACCCCAGAGAAGCCCCAGAGAAACCCCAGAGAAACCCCAUGAAACCCCAGAGAAACCCCAGAGAAACCCCAGAGAAACCCCAGAGAAACCCCAGAGAAACCCCAGAGAAACCCCAGAGAAACCCCAGAGAAACCCCAGAGAAACCCCAGAGAAACCCCAGAGAAACCCCAGAGAAACCCCAGAGAAACCCCAGAGAAUCCCCAGAGAAACCCCAGAGAAACCCCAGAGAAACCCCAGAGAAACCCCAGAGAAACCCAGAGAAACCCCAGAGAAGCCCCAGAGAAACCCCAGAGAAACCCCAUGAAACCCCAGAGAAACCCCAGAGAAACCCCAGAGAAACCCCAGAGAAACCCCAGAGAAACCCCAGAGAAACCCCAGAGAAUCCCCAGAGAAACCCCAGAGAAACCCCAGAGAAACCCCAGAGAAACCCCAGAGAAACCCCAGAGAAACCCCAGAGAAACCCCAGAGAAACCCCAGAGAAUCCCCAGAGAAACCCCAGAGAAACCCCAGAGAAACCCCAGAGAAGCCCCAGAGAAACCCCAGAGAAACCCCAGAGAAACCCCAGAGAAACCCCAGAGAAACCCCAGAGAAUCCCCAGAGAAGCCCCAGAAAAAACCCCAGAGAAACCCCAGAGAAACCCCAGAGGAACCCAGAGAAUCCCCAGAGAAACCCCAGAGAAGCCCCACCCUGCCUGCAGGCCCCGCUCCCUCUCAGGCCCCGCCCCCUCCCAGGCCCCGCCCCCCCAGCAGUUAACCCAGGCCCCCGGUCUCCACUCAGCAGCGCCGGUUUCCCCCAGUGUCCAGCCGCGCUGCAUGUUUGUUGACGUCAGUCGUCUCAUUCCAACUUUAACCUCUAAUCUCACUCCCACUAAACAGCAGGCCCCGCCCCUCUCAGGCCCCGCCCCCUCUCAGGCCCCUCCCCCUCUGCUCCCCCCCAACUUUAACCUCUAA